AUGGAGUGCCGGCUAGUGGAGCGCUUCGUGGGCAUGCUGCUUUGGUUUGCUGGCGGUUGUCGGUGGCUCAAGCCACAGCUCCCCUUUACCAGAUGUUGCAAAAGCCGUGGGCAGUACCUCAAUUUGAACAUGCAACCGUUUCGGGACAUUGUGCUUCAUUGGAUGCGAAGCUGGAUUAGCUUGGUGUUCUUCGACUAUGAAAACCCGAGCGCAACCACCUGCAAAGAAUCGGCGUGGGCAGCGCAGUUGUUUUACAAUGCGUUCAUUGUCACAUUGGAUGUCAGCGAAAUUGAGUGGACCACUUGUGCUGCAGAUGCUUUUGCCACAGAGCAUGAGGCUGAGCGAGUCCUGCACCUGAGUCCUUUGCUAGUUCUUGCACUCUUCCUUCGGCGGUGGCUACUGCGCUAUGCUGAGGUGGCAUGGCUAUGCAUGGUGAUUUUCAGCAAGAUACUCUCUGCACGCUGCAGAGCGUCUGGGCGGCCAAGCCAAGCAGGUGAGGCCAUUUGGGCACUCUGCCACAAGGUUUGCGCCCGCUUUGUUUUCGACACAGUUGUGUCCCUUGGAGGCUUCUGGGUGAAACUUGCCCAGACAGCCUCAGUGGUUUCUGCAUUGCCUGAUGCGUACGUGGAUGAGUUAUCAAAGCUUCAGGAUGCUAUGCCUGCGGAUUCCCUUGAGGAGGUGGAGAAGCUUCUCACGAAGGAGCUUGGGCGUUCGUGGCGUGAUCACAUUGAGCUCGAUCCUGGGCCUGUUCUUGGCAGUGCCACCAUUGCACAGGUGCACAAGGCCACCUUCCGCUUGCGCAAGGCGGAGGGCAUCCAGGAGAUCCGCGGAGUCUUGAAGGUGCAACACGCACACGUGGAAGAGAAGCUGCUGGUGGACAUAAGAGCCAGUGUCCUUGUGGGCAGGCUUCUCUCCAGCUUGAUGCCGCACAUGUUCUCAGAUCUUGGUGCCACAAUCCAAGACACCGCCGCAAUGUCCAAAGCGGAGCUGGAUUUCCGUGUGGAGGCCAAGAACCAAUGUAUGGCUCGAGCAAAGAUUGACGAAGCUGGUUUGGACAUAAUCAUUCCUGCUGUCAUUCCGGAGUAUGUGACAAAACGGGUGUUGGCCAUGGAGUAUGUGAAAGGUGUGAAGAUCACAGACUAUGCAGCUUCUGAGAGCUCCAGCCAGCAGCGCAAGGAGGUCAUGGCAAAGCUCAUCGACUUCUACGGCUUCACACUUCAUGGGCCGAUCUUCAACUGCGACCCACAUCCAGGAAAUAUUCUUGUUGAGAAAGAGACAGGCCGGCUUUGUGUUCUGGACUGGGGUCAAGUCCGUCAGCUCUCACAGCCUGAGCGCUUUGCAUAUGCCAAGAUUUUCAUGGCCGCUUUGAUGGAGGAUGUCCACCUUUUUGUUGAAGGCUGCCGCGCCUUGAACUUUUCGUUUGGUGACCUGGACGGAAGACCCGAUGCUACACCCAUUGCCAUGAUUGGAGCGUUGCGUGGCACGGCUGCACUAAUCAGAAAGCAGCAAAGUGCGCUGGAGCUCUACCUCAAGCCAUCGCACAAGAUGCUUUUAUGCUUCCUGCUGCGUGACUCGCGGCCGAUUGCCCAAUCCCGCGCGGACUUUGAGCAGCUGGAGCAGGUCUUUGGGAAGCUGGAUGGUGAGACCAAAGCCAUUCAAAGAGGUGGUGAACAAAUUGUAAAGGGUCCGCUGAUGCCUUUGACAAAGACUGUCUCGUUGCUCUUCGAGGUCUCCAGCCGCUUAGAGGUCUCUUUGCCCCUCAUGCAUCUCUUUGUGUGCCACGGCUAUCCCAUGUUGCUGAAAGAGCUGGGCCAUAGCAAUGUGAAGGUGCAGCCAAGUAUGACCAGUUUCACGCUGAAGCUUCCCAUCGCGCCUCAAAUCUUGGGCUCUGGCGAUCCUGCCUUUGUCUCCAAGUUGUCAGGGUUGCUGAGGGCUCUACACGCGGAUGGGCAUUUGCUGGGUGCGCAACUUUGCGUGCUGGAUCUGGCAACAGGUGAUGUCUUGGCAGAUUUAGCUUUGGGACACUGCUCUUGGCUAAAUCCACUGCCAGUCACAUGCAAUACCGUAUUCAAUAUUUUGGAGAUCUCCAAGAUGUUCUUGACCUUUAGCGUGUUGGGGCUGGUGGAUGAGGGCCGUGUCUCCUUAAGAGCUGUGCUGCAAGAGAGCUCGAUGGGCAAGGUGUUGCUGGAACACGCACUGAGCCACACGUCUGGCCACUUAAAGCUGGCUCCAGGCAGCUCAGACUUGUCCUUCAGGGAGUUCUGUGACAGUGAGGUUCUGGCGGAAAAGAUGUUGGCUGAAGAGCCUUUGCUGGGACCAGGCCUGGGCAAGAGCUGUUUCACGGACCUCGCAAAAGCACGGUACAUUCUUCUAGCUUUUUUGAGAAGUGGUAGCUCUUUGCAUAGUUUUGCUCUCAUCAAGCAGGACCUGGGCAAGCGGAUGGAAGAGUUUGAGCACUUUGUCGACGCUACAAAUCGUGGACGCAGCAAGAAUGCCACGAAGGGGCAGAAGGCGGAGCAUGGCAUGUGGAUGAGCUUCUUUGGUCGAGAGCAUUGGUUCAAUCCUGCUGCCUUGAAUCGGGAUCUUCCGCGCACCAGCGUGCUUCCUGGGCGGCAAGGCUUUGCAACUGCCAAGGACACGGCAAAGGCACUGCGAGCCGCGGCGGCAGGGCAGGCCCUCUCACAACGGAUGUGGCGGGAAGCCUCGCGAUCUCGCAAGCCCGAGAAAGGUCCUGACUCAGAGCCGUGCCGUUUGCCUCACCAUUUGGAGCGCUUUCAGGAUGCUGAGCCCGGGUUCCCCAGUUGUCUGAUCGGCUCCACACCUCACAUGAAGCGAGGCCCUAGAGGUGCCACAAACAGUGCAAAACACGAAAAGUCAUUUCCGGGGAGGCAGUAA